CCUCCCCUCGCCGCACGCCCCAGCCCCGCUCGCCCUCCUGGCCGUUUCCCCGAGCCCAGCAGCUAGGUCCAGGUUUGUGCUUGGUGCAGCUCAGGCUGGCAGUGAGCUCUGCCCAGUCUGCUCCAAGCCGCGCUCGCCUGGGGCGGGACCCCUCUGCCCUUUGCACCGCGGCCCGGCUCUCGCUGCCGCUGCUGCAGAGCGGGGCUCGGGUUUCAGUGGCUUGGCAGCCCGGCGCCGCUGAGCAUCUUGGGGGCUGCAUCAACCUCUGCUCCGGGUGGCUCUCGGUGUCCCCUAGCCAGGAUGCUGCUGUGGCUGAGCUGGGCAGGCGGCUGCUGCCUGCUGCUGCUGCUCCCCGGCAGUGCGGCGGAGCCCGCCCGGCGCUACGACGAGUGGGUUGCCGGCUGCUCCGAGCGCUGCGACCGGGCGCGCUGCCCGCCGUGCCCUGCCUACUGCGCGGGCGGAGAGGCGCUGGACGCCUGCGGAUGCUGCCUGGUGUGCGCGGCCCAGGAGGGCGAGCCCUGCGGCGGGCCCGCCGGGGAGCCGCCCUGCGGAGAAGGUCUCCAGUGCCGGCUCCCGCCAGGCGCCGGAGUGGCGGCGACGGCCACGGUGAGGAAGCGAGCCAAAGCCGGGCUCUGCGUCUGCACCAGCAGCGAGCCCGUGUGCGGCAGCGACGCCAGGACCUACGGCAACCUGUGCCAGCUGCGGGCGGCCAGCCGGCGCUCCGAGCGCCUGCAGCAGCCGCCGGUCAUCGCCAUCCAGCGGGGCGCCUGCGGCCAGGGCCAGGAAGAUCCUAAUAGCCUACGGCACAAAUACAACUUUAUUGCAGAUGUGGUGGAGAAGAUAGCCCCUGCUGUGGUUCAUAUUGAAUUGUUUCGCAAGCUUCCUUUUACAAAGAGGGAGGUUCCUGUUGCUAGUGGUUCAGGCUUCAUUGUCUCAGAAGAUGGACUAAUAGUAACAAAUGCCCAUGUAGUCACCAAUAAACAUAGGGUAAAAGUGGAGCUGAAGAAUGGUGCAACAUACGAAGCCAAAAUUAAAGAUGUUGAUGAAAAAGCAGAUAUUGCACUAAUUAAAAUAGAUACUCAGGGUAAAUUGCCAGUUCUGCUGCUUGGUCGAUCUGCAGACUUGAGGCCUGGAGAAUUCGUGGUUGCAAUUGGAAGUCCAUUUUCACUCCAGAACACAGUGACUACAGGGAUUGUUAGUACUACCCAGCGUGGAGGAAAGGAAUUAGGGCUUCGGAACUCUGAUAUGGACUACAUUCAGACGGAUGCAAUUAUCAAUUAUGGAAACUCCGGAGGGCCUUUAGUAAACCUGGAUGGUGAAGUGAUUGGAAUUAACACUUUAAAAGUUACAGCUGGAAUCUCAUUUGCAAUUCCAUCUGAUAAAAUUAAAAAGUUCUUAACUGAAUCACAUGACAGACAAGCUAAAGGAAAAGCAAUAACUAAAAAGAAAUACAUUGGCAUUCGAAUGAUGUCUCUCUCUCCUAGCAAAGCUAAAGAGCUGAAGGAACACCAUAAAGAUUUUCCUGAUGUUGUUUCUGGGGCCUAUAUUAUUGAAGUAAUUCCAGAUACGCCAGCUGAAGCUGGUGGCCUGAAAGAAAACGAUGUGAUUAUAAGCAUCAAUGGACAGGGAAUAAUCUCAGCCAGUGAUGUCAGUGACAUUAUUAAAAAGGACAAUACUCUGAAUAUGGUUGUACGCAGGGGCAAUGAAGAUAUUAUGAUAACAGUGGUUCCUGAAGAAAUUGACCCUUAAUCAGAAACAUGAGCUGGAUUUCAUGUUUUCUUUUAGCAACAUUGGACUGCUUAUGUUAUGACUGUGCUGGUACAGGAAACAUUAGACUUUUGACCAACAUUCUGCUUGUUCAAAAGAAUAGUAUUGGCCAACAACACCAAUGUAAUGCCACAGAUAUUCCAGAUGAUAAUUUUUUCCUUCUGUAUUUUAUCUAUGCAAUGUAUUCUUUACUGGCUAAUACAACUGUUACUGCUAAACAGUCAACGUUUUUUUUUUCUCUGUGUCACUCUUUCAACUAAGACUUCAACAAAACAAAAUUCAUGCACACAAUGUGUGUUGUGGUAUUCAGGUAUAAAUAGCAUAGUUGUUCCUUUAACUGGAAAAUGCCAUUGUAAUAGAAUUUUGGGAUAAAAAAACACAGUUGGAAAAAUGUUGGCUUGUAAACCAAAAACAAUAAUAAUCUUUUUUCAGAAUCCGUGCAGAAUUUUUACUACUUCAGUCUUUUCCUAGUGUUAUUAAAAUAAUUCUACAGUA